UUGUUUCCCACCGGAGCGUUUUACGGGACGGACUGUCAACAAAGACAAUGUCGGCGGUUCGUUCGUAGCUGAUCUCGGAUGGAAGGUGAAGCUUGUGUUGGUCGGAAAGAAGAUCUUUGGAGCUGCUGGAGGCUGAAGCUGCAGACGUCAUGGUGCUGAAGAUCUUCUUCCCUCAGUGCUGUAACCGGGCCGACAGCGGGCUGCUGGUCGGCCGCUGGAUCUCUGGUCACGACUCUGCCGUGGUGCUGGCGGUGAUCCACUACCCCUUCAUCCCCGGACAGGUCAAACAGUACGUCCAGCAGAUGCAGGCCCAAAGCGGGGUGGAGCUGUCGGUGCUGGGCUCCUGGAGUUUACCCAAAGAGGGCCAGGAAGGCAUGGAGAGCUUCCUGAGGGACCUCAGCACCAUCUUCCCUCAGGAGCGCUGGCUCCAGAUCAGACGCCAGAUGGGGAAGACGGGCUUCACCUGCGAGGUCCUCAGCCGGGAUCAGAAUGCAGUAGCAGCUCAGCGGAGAGUUAAAAAGCAGAAAAAGGAGGAAGAGGAGGAUGGUGAUGCAGAAGAGAAGGAGGAGGAUGAGGAGAAGGUGAUCUUCGUCCACUACGAGCAGAGGAAGGUGAUGCUGUCGCAGCUUCAUCCCAUCGACAGCGGAGACGCCAAAACUGAUCCACCGUCCGAGCUGAGACAGGUGUUCCAGACGGUGGCCCUCAGCCAGCCUCUGUUCUUCCUGGACAAAUACGACGACGGACCCCUGAAGUCGACUCACUGGCAGUCUGAAGGCCGGGAGGCCAGCAUCAUCGUGGAGCUUCUCAAACAGGCGUCGGUGCCGCUCUGUCUGCUGCUCAGCUGGAUGCUCUCAGUGUGGACGUGGAUCUGCAGCAUCCGGAUCUUUAAUUUUUACCCGCUGAGGUUCUUGUCCUCCAAACUGUCCACAUGUGUCCAACUGAGCUACAGGACCGAACACAUGAAGACGCUGAGUUCACCGAAACCAGCCGCCGGUCACACUCAGUUCAUGAGAAAAGCCAACAUGUUGGUGUCGGUGCUGGUGGACGUGGCGCUCGGCGUUCUGCUGAUGUCGUGGCUCUACAGAGACGAUCACAUCACCAUGUUGGCAAACACUCUGGUUCCUGCAGCUGAUCACGUGGCUAAAGAGCUGGAUCAGCUGCUGCAGUGGCUGAUGGGAGCUCCGGCGGGCCUGAAGAUGAACAGAGCUCUGGACCAGGUUCUGGGCCGCUUCUUCCUCUACCACAUCCACCUCUGGAUCAGUUACAUCCACCUGAUGUCUCCGUUCAUCGAGGGCAUCCUCUGGUACGGAGGUCUGUCGGCCUGCCUCGGCCUCAGCUUCGCCCUCUCUCUGCUGUCUGACAUGGUGGCUCUGUUCACCUUCCACAUCUACUGCUUCUACGUCUACGGAGCCAGGUUGUACUGUCUGAAGAUCUACGGACUCUCGUCUCUCUGGAGGCUCUUCAGGGGGAAGAAGUGGAACGUUCUCCGGCAGAGAGUGGACUCCUGCUCCUACGACCUGGACCAGCUCUUCAUUGGAACUCUGCUGUUCACCGUCCUGCUGUUCCUGCUGCCCACCACAGCGCUCUACUACCUGGUCUUCACUCUGCUUCGGCUGGUGGUGGUGCUGUUCCAGGGCGUCCUCCAUCUCAGCGUGGAUUUUAUCAACUCCUUCCCGCUGUUCGCCGUCGGCCUUCGCGUCUGUCGCUCCUACAGACUGGCAGAGGGAGUGAAGUUCAGGGUGCUCUGUGACGAGCCGGGCGUCGCUCUUCACCUGCUGAUGGAGAUUAACCCUCUGAAGGUCAGCACGGUGGUCCAGACCUACCGGACUCCCACCUACAGCUGCUACCCCAGAGACUCGUGGCUGGCCCUGGUCAAGAAGCUGUUCGUUGGGGAGCUCAUCUACCCCUGGAGGCACAAAACCACUAAAGCCGACUGAGAUCCAGGAGCGUGGACGGAGGGAGGAAAGGGAAGAGACUGAGCAGAAGACCUUUGAGAUGUGCUGCUUUCAUGUUUCAACGGGAAGAGCGUCGACCGAAGCUGCCAGGUCGUCUCAUUUGCAGAUUUCUGAUCAGUUUGAAGGCGAAUAUGAGCAACCAGAAACCCGGAAACCAGCAAGUAGCCACGUCCCGCUGUCGUGUUUUAGGAGCUGUCAUCAUAAAACGACUUUCAGGACGCAGAGAAAUAAUAUAAAAUCUAAUAUUACUCAGUUUUUAUUUGUUAAUAUUUAAGUAAAAAUGUGAACACUCCUCAUGUUUCCCAAAGGAGAUGACUGCAGCAAAAAGAAACAAGGGACCAAAACCUCUGUGUGCUUAAAUAAAUGAUGAAUCUGCCAUAAAAUCUGAAUUAUAUUAUCACUUGAAAGUCUUUUUUUUUUAAACCAUAGCUGCAUCCCAGAGAAAAAAGUCAUGUUUUUUUGUCUUAAAGUGAGUAAAACCUCCAGAACCAUCCUCAUUUCUCGAACAUUUCAUUCCAAAAAAUAGAGAUUUAGAUUUUUUUUUAAGAGUAUUUUCUGAUGUUUCUUAGUGAUAAAAAGAAAUAAAACUUCUACUUUGAAGUUGAUUUUAUUCAGUGUUAAGAUUUCUGUUCUGGAAAUUAAUGCAAAUUAGCUUAUUAUUGGAUAUAUAUAAUACAUAAUUUAAAUAUCUAAACCUGAAUAUUUUAAUGCAUUAAGUAAUUCUCUUAUUGGAAAUAGUCAUUUGGAGCAGUUUUAUAUCUAUUAGUUCAAAUUUGUUUCUAGUUUGAUUCCUGUCUGUGUGAAGGUUUUUACAGAGGAUUUAGUUUAUUUGUACAACAUUUUACUCCUAAAAAAAUCUGAAAACAGACUUUUCUGACUGCUGACAGUAUUUUCUGAUUUGAAAAGCAAUAAAACAACAAAAUACUUGUAAUAAACACAGAAGGUGACUGCAGCCGCAUAAAACAAAGGACCAAAACGAUUCCUGUUUGAAUGUGGGUCACAAAUAAACAGAUAAAUGAUGAAUUUGAUCAAAUUUGAACCUUAUUCUACAACACAAGACAUUUUUAAAGCAUCCCACAGCAACAAAUGUUUUUUUUUUUUUUUUUUGUCUAAAUGCUAAAUCAGUAAGAAAAACUGUCUUAUGCUGCCUGUGUGUUUGGAUGUUGUAAACAUUUAAAGAAAUUCAGGACACAGGUGACAAUAACAUGAUGAUAAUUAACACAGAAUUCAUUAAAUAUGUUGCUGCAUCCUCUUAGACUUUGUUCAGUCUACAUAAAUGUGUUCAUUGAGGCUAAAAAAUUAACUGAACAUUUCGCCAGAACUUUGAGAAUCCCCCGUUUUGGCUCAUUUUACCUGUGAAGCCAUUUUAAAGGUUCAGUAUCUCCAGAGAUAUAACUCCUGCCGACAUUGAAUUUGGUGAGAAAACAGACAGAAUAGAUUCCAGCAGAUCAGAAUGACUGAAUGGAUCCAGCAGAGAACAAAUUUUCAACUACAGGCCCUUAAAAAUGGUUUAAAAAUGCAGAAUAUUCCAACUUUGCUGGUAUUGUUUCCCCAGAAAGUUCCUGUAGGUCUAUCUAUAUAUGGAUGGAUCCUUUUUUUCUACUAAAAUGCAGUCUUUGGUUGAACUUUUGAAGCUCCAAAAUCAGUGCGAUCUGAUGUGUGGAAAGUUUAACAAGACAAGAUUUUUAGAUAUUUAGACGAAAUAUUGACGUUGAUUCAAACAUAAACUGGUGUCCAUAGACAUGUAGAUAUUGGUGUUUGAUGUGCAGACUUACAAGAAAGAGGUUUUCAAGAAUGAAAUUGCAAAAAUUCCCAGGAUUAAAAACAGAAAAUUCUCAUAAUUUAGCAAAGAUAUUUUACAGGACUUAGUUUUGAGUCACAAAUAAGAAAUAACUGAACAAAAUCUAAGACGGAGCAGCAACAGCUGAUCCUAAAAGCUAAACACACAGUAGCACACUCCUACUUACUCAUGUUCUUGUCUUUAUUUUUACCAUCGUGUUACUAAACAAGCUGUGAUCAACAAGUUCUGAGACCUUUAAAAUUGAAACCUCGUCGUGCGGUGAUGCUCUGCUCCCAGUGCUCCUGCAACGCUCCCUAACUUGUAAACUCCUUCUGCGAUGAGCCGAAUCUCCUGAACUGUGUCCAAACUAAACCACAAUGAGACAAAUCCAGAACGACGAUUGUGGUGUUGUAGCUAAAAAAAACAACCCAACAUGUUCCGUGACGCUACAGUUAAGACUGUCGGAGUGUUGAGAUCCUUCAGGACGUUAGAACUCUGCUUUGAAAACGGCGAACAUGCUCCUGACGUUUCCCCGUUCAGCUGCUGUUUCUUCUCCUGACAUGUAGCACGACCAACUUCCUGCUUCCCUGUCGCAGUAACCAGAGUUACAGUGCAGCUCUGCUAGUUACGUAUAUUAGAUGCACUGAUUGUGUAAAUAGUUAAAAUCCCUGAUGAUUUAUUACAAAUUUAACAGAGUUCAAAUUACAGCAACUGAACAAACUUUUUUAAAAUUUCUUUCUUUCUUUUCUUUUUUUAAUGAUUAGUGUUGUAUUUUUGCUACCAUGUUCCCUCCAAACACUGAAACCAGAGGGAUUGACGGGGGUGAAAAUCUGCUUCUGCUUUUGUCUGUUUUAUUUAAUGUGCCUAAUCUUCAGUAAAUACUAAACCUCAACCAGCUGCUGUUUAAAAAACGGCUCGAAACAAUCCAGCAGUUUUUGUUGUCAGGAGCGAGGCUAGCAGUUUCCCUUUGUUUCCAGUCUUUAUGCUAAGCUAAGCUAAUCACAUCGCGGACUGUUUUCUGAAACGAGCUGCUUCUUUAAUGUGAAAUGUUCUUCUUUUGUUCCACCUUCAUCCUCCCUGCCUCCAUUUUAGCCUCAUUUGUACUAAUUUGUAAAUGUUAAAUAGGUAAAUGUGCAGUCUUAAUUUAAUUUCAUUUAAGUGGUAUUUUUUCAUGAGAUCUGAUCAUUAACAAAUAAAAUGAAUCAAGUAUAA